AUGGAUUUCUAUAAACUUAAUGAGGUAGAAGACUGGACGUGUAUAAAAGUUGUAGAGCAUUAUCGUGCUAAUUCAGAACAAAAGGACUGGAAAAAAGUGCUGGAUAGUAUAAAGAAAGAUCUCAAAAAGGUGAAAGAAUCAACCUCUGGUUUUGACACGACGCGUAAGAGAAAGGCCCAAAGAAUCGUUGACAACUGGAAAGAUUGGACUGCAUCAAUGGACAAGAUAGAUGAUCGUGCACAGUUUAAAAUUGAGUUUCAGCAGGUAAAACAGCAAGUUCUUGCAACCGGAAAUGCUAUAACUAAUAUCACCGACAACUGUUGUAUGAAACACCAUCAAGAUGUGAAUAAUGAUGAUGAAGAAAUGACAAAUACUGGCGUUACGGCUCCAUCAAAAAAGGUCAAAACUAGUAGAAUGACAACUCCGGAACGACAAAUAUAUCCGUCAGAACGAAGUGUAGAAGACUGUUAUGAACAAUCAGAUUCAGUUGAGGGAAAGGAAGAUGAUGGCCAACCUCUUUUAUCAUCAAAUGACCACGAUGUAGAGAUAACACAUGAAGAUGACGAUAAUCCUUUCAUAGCAAAGACAGGGGAAGGUUCAAUGAAGUGUAAGGUCGUCUUAUCAUGGAACCAUGCAAUCGUUAAUAUGGUCAUAAAUAAUAUCUCUGAAAAUGACUGGGUAACACAGGAUGGGCACAAUAUCUCUAACGAUUUUCGUAACUUUCAGUUAAAUUCAAUUGAAAAGUUGAAAGCUAAUCCGACUUUAUCAUAUGCGAAAGAAAUUGAUUUGAUAUUGUGUCUAUCGUCAAUUAUGUAUUGCAAUGAAUUUAAACCAGAAUAUAUUAAAUGUUCUAAAAAGGUAUGGAAUGAGGCUCUCCCAAGAUCAUUAGCCCCAAAGAUGUUGUUAACAAUUGCUCACUCAGUGAUGAUCGAAUACAAUACGCUUUUGAAUGACAAACAAUCACUUAAUGCAAGAUGGUGUGAAAAUUGGACAAAAGGGAAUACAUUGCUAACGGACGAGGACAAAGAUAUCUUUGACUGA